AUGGCCGACACACGAACAUUUUCAUCAUCUUCUUCAACUACAACAACAACAACUAACGUGAAUAAUUCAGUACCUACUAUAUCAUCGCCAUCGUCGGAUGCUGACAAUAUCAAUGGUUUAACGACAUAUGUGAAUACGAUAUUCCAUCAGAUGGAAGAAAAGUUCAUGGCAGCUAGUGAUCAAAUGAUGAAUCGAAUGAAUGAGUUAGGCAAAAAGAUCGACUCACUGGAAACUAAUCUUGGUGAUAUCAUAUCCCAUUUGCCGACCGAAGAAUCAUCGACACAGACCAACUCCAAUUUAGAUAAAAACGUGUUUGGUUGUCCAUAUAUCAUCUUGAUUAUUGUUUACUUUUUCCGAGAUUGA